GGUCAGGAUGUUAGAUCAGUGCAGGGAAGGAAAAGCAUCUUUAACCCUUCAGGAGCUGAAACACACGCAGCCUGAGUCUCCAGCGCCUGCAGCUCAGGGGCUUCAAGGUGCUGCAGAUCUGGGCGAUGGGGGAGAUUUUCCUCCCCGUAAACUUCAGUGACAGCCGCUUAAACCGGAGGCUGGACUUCGUCACAUUCCCUCCUCCUCCUCCUCCUCCUCAGCAUCCCUCUCCCCCUCCCCACAACACGACGCCGCUCCUCUCCAGUCGCGCUGCAGCGUGUGAGACUGGAGCCUCGGUGUGUGUGUGUGUGUGUGUGUGUGUGUGGAGGGAAAGAGCGGAGCGAGGCUUUCCCACAGCAGAGCAGAGCAGCAGGAGGAGGUGAGCGGGAAGAUGAUGGAAGCCAGCUUUGACACAGAGGAGAGUUUUGACGAUCCGUCCUGUCUCGCCCCGCAGCCGCCCGGCUCCGUGUCGCCGGCCAGGAGGCAGAUCACCGAGGUCAAGGAGACCAAGAUCACGGUGAACUGCGUGACGUUCCCGCUGCCAGGCGACGGCCCGGAGCAGCAGCUCCUCAAGCCCAACGAAUGGAGCUACUGCGAUUAUUUCUGGGCCGACAGGAAGGACCCGCAGGGCGCCGCCCACGUCACCGGCUUCGAGGUCCUGCUGCAGAAGCAGCUGAAGGGGAAGCAGCUGCAGAAGGAGAUGGCCGAGUUCAUCCACGAGAGGAUAAAGAUUGAGGAGGAAUACGCCAAAAACCUGUCCAAGCUGUCGCUGAGUCCGCUGGCAGCGCAGGAGGAAGGUGCACUACCUAAAGCUAAAGCUAACGUAAGGAAGUUGCUCUCAGCGUCUUCAGAGGUUUUUGUGUCGUUUCCUUCAGUGCUGCACACGGAGGUAGAGAAACCGCUGCUGACGUUCAGAGGCGACAGCUUCAAGAAGGAUCUGAAGAAGUACGACCACCACAUCGCCGACCUGCGGAAGCAGCUGGCCAGCCGCUUCGCCGGCGUGGAGAAGGCCCGUAAAGCUCUGGCCGACCGGCAGAAGGACCUGGAGGUGAAGACGCAGCAGCUGGAGGUCAAACUCAGCAACAAGACAGAGGAGGACAUAAAGAAGGCGAGACGGAAAUCCACGCAGGCAGGAGAUGAUCUGAUGCGCAGCCUGGAUCUCUACAAUCAGACUCAGUCCAAGUGGUUUGAGGAAAUGGUCACAACCAGCAUGGAGCUGGAGAAGCUGGAGGUGGAGCGGGUCGAAUGGGCCCAGCAGCACCUGCGUCAGUACACCACCCUGCGGCACGAAACAGACAUGUUCAACCAGAGCACGGUGGAGCCGGUGGACCAGCUGCUGCAGAGCAUGGAUCCAGCCAAAGACAGGGAGCUGUGGGUGAAGGAGAACAAAACCGGCGAGGUUCGGCCUGUGGAUCUGGACAUUUAGGCCCGGAUACCCUCCGACCUGCCCUCAGUGUCACCGGGUCCGAUAGCCGGAGAGCGGCCCGGUCGGCGGACGGUGCAUGUGCAGCCUGCUGAGCUCUGACUUUAAUCACAAGGAGGGAAGAUCGAACGCAGCCCUGGAAAACAAACGGAUCAAAGAACCAGCAUGUUCCUCCUAAACGCCACCCGUCACUAAAGCGUUAGCUUACUGAAUGCCGUGUAGCGUGCUCUGCUGUUUACCUGUUGUAAAUUAUAUAUAUGAAAACAAUCUAUGUUCUUUAAAAUCUUAAAUUUAGCUUCGAUCAACUUGUUUCCAUUUUGUGCUGACCAAACAAAAAGAAGGAAAUCUGCAGUCUUGGAUACAGAUUCUGACGCUGAAUGAGGUUUGAUGAUGGAUAUAUUUUCAUAUUUCUUCCUGGUUCAUUUGGGUGGAAAUGCAUGUUUGACCCUCCACGCCUCAUGACGCUGGUUUUGUGUGGCUCGUUGGAUUUGCACAAGGUGUUUUUAAUUUAGGCUCUUUCUACGUUCAGCAUUAACAUCCAGCGGAAAUUCAACUCCCAACAUCAAAUUCAGGCCCGGGUCCGAUCGGGAUCCAGUCUGCAGGAAAAGGUGGUCCAAGUUACACGAAACACCUUUUAGUGCCUCUCAGUUUCUAUACCUGGAACGUCCUUGACUUGUUCUCUGCAUCGCUGUACAUGUAGAUACUGGUUAGACGUAUUUUGCUGUGAAUCGUUUUGACAGAUCUGCAGAUGCUCAGGCAGGUGAGGUGUUUACUCUACAACCUGGUUUAUUUUUGGUAAAUGUGCAGGGAAUGUUUUUACGGAGGUGUUGAGCAGCAAAAAGCUAAAUUGAUCAAUCUGUGUGCUGAUCAACAGACGAUUCGAUUAUUGGACGAAGCCCCUCAGAUCCCCGUCUGCAUGUGGAGUCUGUUUACGUCUGCGUUUCUCUGUCGUCUUCACAUUUCCUCUGGUCUCUUUGCUUUAUUUGCUCAUUUCAUUCAACUGCAAGGCGCAAAAAAUAUUUUUGAUGAAAGGUAAAUGUAAUGUUUUAAAUAUACAUUCCUAGUUUUGUGAAGGAGAGGAAAACGACCCUGCUUUCAUCCCACCUGUGCAGGCUUUGGUAGUAUUUGUUGUGGAGGUUUCACCGUCGUGCGUCAGUGUUGUGCACUAAAUGUUGUUACGUUCCAGCUAAAUGUUCCUGACAGGAGUCUGACGGUGACGUAACGGUUGACCUAACUGGCCUGUGUGGUGGCUGUUUACAUUAAAUCCAGUGUUUCAGAAUGUUUUGAUCAUACGUGACCUCUGUCCCGAUCGUGAACCGAGGAAUGCAGUGUACAAAAUAAAUCUCCUCUCUGAAAAUUAAA